UUCCACCCAGGCAUAGCAAUACUGCCCGACACAUCUCACAUCUGCCACAACCUUCAGUCUGCGUUAACAGAACCUCACACCGUUGACACUUUACUGGCUAAAGAAGUCAAAGAAGGAUUCAUGAUAGGCCCAUUCGACAGUCCCCCCUUUCCAGUGUUCCGCAUCAGUCCAAUAGGCAUAGCUACUCGGAAAUACUCGGGAAAAAAGAGGCUCAUAAUAGACCUGUCUUCUCCACACGGCUCAGCCAUCCCGAGCAUUAAUAGCGUCAUCCCAAGCCCAGACUUUUCAAUGCAAUACGCAAACAUCGACCACGCCAUCACCCUCAUCCGCUCAGCAGGCCGCGGAGCAUGGCUCUCUAAGGCAGACAUCACCAGUGCAUUCAAGAUCUUGCCUAUUCACCCAGACUUCUGGCGUUUCUUCGGAGUAUACUGGAAGGGAGCCUAUUACUUCUCAGUACGCCUCACAUUCGGCUGCAGAAGCAGUCCCAAAAUCUUCGAUUCCCUUUCAGAAGCUCUGUGCUGGAUCUUGAUAAACAACCACAGACUCCCCUACGUGCUCCAUCUCCUUGACGACUUCCUCAUCGUCACUCCACCAUCCUCACCCCCCCGCCACGGGCUGAGCACACUCAUACAAACAUUUUCAGACCUCGGCAUCCCUCUGUCUGAAGAGAAAACCUCAGGGCCUAAUACCUCCAUCGAGUUUCUAGGUAUCACCCUGGACUCAAUGUCUUUCCAGGCUUCUCUACCCUCAGAGAAAGUACAGCGCAUCACUCUCCUCCUGUCAAACUACUUACAGGCAGACAGAUGCACGAAACGGCAGCUGUUAGCCCUCCUCGGCCACCUAAAUUACGCCAUCCGCAUAAUACCCCAAGCAAAACCAUUCUUAUCCAACCUGCUUAACAGAGCGGCCUCAGUCCCCUCCAUCCACGAUCGACUAGUCCUCGACGACGCAUGCAAAAUGGAAAUGCACCUUUGGCAGGAUUUCUUGUCCUCGUGGAACGGCAUCUCUUUCUUUUACGACGACUUCAUCACCAAAUCAGAGGAUAUCCAACUCUUCACCGACGCAGCCCCCUCCAUAGGCUUCGGCGGCUACUACGCAGGGAGAUGGUUCGCAUCCACCUGGCCCCCAGAGUUCACAGCGCUCAAUUCACAGACGCUUUCUCCUUCAUCCGCACUUCACGAACUAUAUCCCAUUAUCAUAGCUGCCAUUCUUUGGGGGCACGAAUGGUCUAGGAAAGCCAUACUCAUUCACACCGACAACAGCGCAGUCGUCGAGAUCCUUAACAAAGGCCGAUCUCGCUCCCUAGUCAUCAUGCAGUUCCUCCGCAGACUCACUUUAAUCUCCGCCAAACACCAGUUCAUCCUCAAAGCAGCACACAUCCCAGGUCAUGAGAACGGCAUCGCUGACUCUCUGUCUCGUUUCCAAUUUCAGAAAUUCAGAAACUCGGCCCCAGAGGCGGAUCUCCAUCCCACACCAGUCCCACCGUUUUCAGCCACCACAUUCAACUGA